AUGGAUGUCAAGUCGGCAUUCUUGAAUGACGAUCUCAAGGAAGAGGUGUACGUGGAGCAGCCGGCUGGUUUCAUCAACACGGGCAACGAGCACAAGGUAUUCAAGCUGAAGAAGGCACUCUACGGCUUACAUCAGGUGCCUAGGGCCUGGAAUGCGAAGUUGGACGAAACGUUGCUGUUGUUUAGAUUUAGGAGGAGUCCCUUGAAACAUGCCAUCUACACUAGGUGGAAUGGGGAGGCGCAGCUAGUGGUCGGGGUGUACGUCGAUGACCUGGUGAUCAUCGGCGACAGCUGCGACUACAUCAAGCAUUUCAAAAAAGAGAUGGCUGACGCAUUCAAGAUGAGCGACCUCGGCCUGCUUCGCUACUAUCUUAGCAUUGAAGUCAGGCAGAGUGCAAGGGGCACCUCGAUCAGCCAAGGAGCCUAUGCCGCCAAGAUUCUGAAGAAGAGCGGGAUGGCAGGGUACAAUCCCUGUCAAGUACCAAUGGCAACAUGUCUAAAACUGAGCAAGAUGAGCACGGAGCCACUGGUGGAUGCGACAGCAUACAGAAGCAUCGUGGGGAGUCUCAGGUACCUAGUCAAUACUCGUCUAGAUUUGGCAUUUGCGGUUGGCUAUGUGAGUCGUUUUCUAGAGGAGCCACGAAAGGAUCACUUGGCUGCUGUGAAGCAAAUUCUUCGCUAUGUGGCGGGAACCAAGAGUUGGGGUCUCAAGUAUGAAAGGAAAAAGGAGAAGCAAGUCCAGCUGACAAGGUUCAGCGAUAGUGACUUCGCUGGUGAUGUUGAUGCUCGGAAGAGCACGACUGGAGUUAUUUUCUUCUUGGCCAACAGCCCAAUUACUUGGUAG